CAACAAAAUAAACCAAACCAAACCAAACCUACAUUUGACAAUGACGUAGUAAAUAUGGAAAUCCCUGCUAUAAAUAGACUAAUUCAUACUUCUACAAGACAUUAAGUUUGGUUCCCUAGGAAAAAUAGGAAUGAAUCACGCCCGAACCUGGUAAGCAGUUCCGAGACCUAAAAACCUACUGUACUCACCGGCUACUGGGUCGUGACUUACUCUGGAAUGUCAAAGCCCCGAAACUAACGGGACUCGGUCCCGAGAAAUCCACGUGCCGGGACUCCAAUUUGAUUGAUUAACACCCGCGAAAUGUGAAAACAUAAACUUACGGUAACAGACAUGCGCAGUACACAGUACCGGCACAAAGCAUUUCGUCUGGAAGUAAACCACUCGUGGAAGUAAACACAACUCUAGACAAAUUGACAAAUAUGACUUACUACGCCGAUACAUAACAUCUGACAAAGGUAACACGCAUACUUACAGUUCACAUACGAUCUAUACAAACGGCAAAUUACAUAAUCAAUCAUGGACAUAUGAUAUGAACUCUGAAAUAACUUAUAAACGACUCGCUACACAGUCUUCAAAUAUCGCAAUGCUCUCGAUAAACUGGGUAUUUCUACAACAGUAUGAGAGCAGUGUAACUAGUUAAUAAACUCUACAACAAUUAAUUAAUAACUCGCAUUUAAAUAGGUGUGUUGCCCUAUAACGUUACAUUAGUUUGGUUUGGUUUGGUUUAUUUUGUUUAACGUCCUAUUAACAGCUAAGGUCAUUUAAGGACGGCCUCCCGUGCGUGCGACAUGCAUGCGUGUGGUGAUUGCGUAUGUUAAAUUAGUGAAUCCCAAAACCAAGAAGGAAAUGACAAAACAACAGAUUGUUAAGAAGUCAGGAACAAGGUUAGAACUUUAGGAUGAACUGGAAAAAGAACUGGAUUUUUUGUCAACCAAUCUGUUUGUAGCUCACAGGCAACAGCCACAAUUUUUCCACACUAAACAAAGAAUUACAUGCAAAUUCAAUUAGUCUCAUUAUUGAUUUUGCAGAGAUAUUUACUUGUUUUGCCCAGAAUGAGAUUCAGGGGGCUCACUGGGCUCAGGACUCGGUAACAAUCCAUCCUGUUAUCGCCAGAUACAGAUGCAAAAAAAUGUGAGGAUAUCACAGAAGAGGCAAUUGAUAUAGUGUCUAAGGAUUUGAAUCAUGACCGUCAUGCAGCACAUGCCUUUCUAGCAAAGGCCAUUGAACAUAUCAAGAGUCGUGAAGUUCCAAUGAAGCAUGCAUAUGUAGUGAGUGAUGGUUGUUCAGUACAAUAUAUAUCACGGAUUCGAUUUAUGGAUGUUGGCUGUUGCCAAGAAGAUUAUGAUAGUACAACGGAACGGUGCUUUUAUAGAUCUCGACACGGUAAAAAUCGCUUUGAUGGAGAGGCUGGAGUGGUGAAACAAAAGGCUAGGAGGGCAAAUCUUAGUGGACAGGUCGUCAAUAAUGCUAAAUCCUUCUUUGAAUCGGUGAAUGAAAAUAAGAAAUUCUCCCAGAGAUGGGGGAUAAUGCGGUCAGAAAGAUCCUCUUUGUAGAGUCCAAAGAUAUUGAAAGAAACAGACCUUUACGCGAUGCAAAAACACUUAUUGGAACCAGGAAAGUCCACUCAGGCAAAGACUCUUCAUCUAGAGGCAAAUUACUCACCAGGAGGCUCUCAUGCUUUUGCCAUGAAUGUAUACAUGGACAUUUUGAGGAAUGCAACAACACCGAGUAUAUUGAUGAGUGGAAAACUGUUACAUUGAAACCAUUGAUUCCAAAGUAUCCCCCUGUCAAUGAUAUUAAUGGUCAUGGUCAGACUCGAGAAAAAGGUGGAAUGGGAGUGCAAACCAGAGGCGGCCGCAGAUCUAGAGGAGCCAGGACUCGGGGUGGUCAAGAAAGACGAGGUGGUGAUGAGGACAGACGUGGAGGUGAUGAGGUCAGAGGAGGACGUGGUCAAUGCAGACGAGGAAUAGAAAACGGUCAUAGCAGUGAGGACAGUUCAGAUGAUGAAAUUAGCAAGGACAGUUCAGAUGAUGAAAUCAGCAAGGACAGUUCAGAUGAUCCAAGGGGUGAGGAGUGGGCAUAUAAUUCAGGGGUUGAAGAGGGGGCAGAUGGUAUUGGAGCCCUGAAGAAAGCUUAAUGGACGUCUCUGGAUUAUCUGGGAUCCUAGAUUUCCUGUUAGCGUCUGAUGGCCAGUUAUCCCCGGUAUACCAAGCAUCCAUCAUGGAGGACCAGCCACAUAUCUCCGGGGACCAGCCCCAUACCUUUGAGGAACAGCCAUAUAUCUCUGAGGACCAGCCACACGUCUCUGAGGACCAGCCUCACAUAUCUGAGGACCAGCCACAUAUCUCUGAGUACCAGCCACAGAACUCUGAGGACCAGCCUCACAUAUCUGAGGACCAGCCACACGUCUCUGAGGACCAGCCUCACAUAUCUGAGGACCAGCCACACGUCUCUGAGGACCAGCCUCACAUAUCUGAGGACCAGCCACAUAUCUCUGAGUACCAGCCACAGAACUCUGAGGACCAGCCUCACAUAUCUGAGGACCAGCCACAUAUCUCUGAGUACCAGCCACAGAACUCUGAGACCAGCCUCACAUAUCUGAGGAUCAGCCAUAUAUCUCUGAGGACCAGCCAUAUAUCUCUGAGGACCAGCUAUAUAUCUCUGAGGACCAGCCACACGUCUCUGAGGACCAGCCACAUAUCUGUGAGGACCAGCCUCACAUAUCUGAGGACCAGCCAUAUAUCUCUGAGGACCAGCCACAGAACUCUGAGGACCAGCCACAUAUCUCUGAGGACCAGCCACAGAACUCUGAGGACCAGCCACACGUCUCUGAGGACCAGCCACAUAACUCUGAGGACCAGUCUCACAUCUCUGAGGACCAGCCACAUAUCUGCGAGGACCAGCUACAGAACUCUGGGGACCGAUCUCGUGCAACUUCCAGGUGGAAAAUGGCCUUGCAUAUAUUUCUUUAUCAAGAAAUGUGUAUUCUGGAUGCUCCAUCUCCGAAGGUAGUGGGGUCUAGGUUCUAUUACAAAUUUGACAGUCUGCAGUUGUGAUUAAAAGAACAGUUUGAUUAAAAGAACAGUCUGCUGAGUGCUGUGUAACAUUUGGAUGAUUAUUAAAAAUAUUUUCAAAUCUUU